AGGAGGAGCCCAGUCCUCCAGAGCAGGCCAUCCUUCCUUGACCACCACCUCCUCCUCUCCUUGGGCAGCCUUCCUCUCCUCCUGGGAGUGUCAUUCCCAGAUUCCCUUCAAUGGGCUGAAGAUCUGUACUUGCUAUAUUUCUGUUACUAGUGAAACAGAAUCCCAUAAAUAACAAAGGGAGAUGCCACGCUUGCUUUUGCAGGCAGGGAAUGUUUUCAAGCUGAAGGGGGUUGAAUGCGUGGAUACAGAGGGAGGAAAAGUGAUUGUUGUCUGAGAAUGUUGGAGUAGAGCCUGUUCAAGGAAACAAGAAGGAGGAAAGCGUCUUGGGUCCAGUUUGCUUCUUCACCAAACAGUGGUUCCAACAUGGAGAGACCCAACUCACCUGGAAUUGAAUCUGGACUUGGGAGCAGUGGGGCAUCCUGGGGGAAAACAACACAUAAGUUCCUAAGUGUGGACCUUUAUAGUUCACUCAUACAGUUCAGGCAUUCCUCCUUCCGAGAGGGCGAGGGACCCAGAGAGGUUUGCAGCCGCCUCCACUCUCUCUGCCGCCAGUGGCUGAAGCCAGAGCAACACACCAAGGUGGAGAUGCUGGACCUGGUGAUCCUGGAGCAGUUCCUGAGCAUCCUGCCCCCAGAGAUGGGGAGCUGGGUCCGAGAGUGUGGGGCAGAGACCUCUUCCCAGGCGGUGGCCCUGGCGGAAGGCUUCCUCCUGAGUCGGGCAGAGGACGAGAAGCAGGAAGGACAGGCCCAGAAUGGCUGCAUGGAACCCAAUCCUGAUGUCCCUGAAUCGGAGGAACCCCCACCAGGCCCCACCCAGAGCCUCCAGCAGAAGGAGCUCAAGCAGGAAGGAGACGGGGCUGCGGCCUUGGAGGGGACUGAAAUGAUGUUUUUGCCGAAUUCUCAGUCGAGUCUUCCCUUUUGUGAUGGAGUGGAACUGAAUGAGGGCCCAAUUGCCUUUGAGGACGUGGCUGUCCAUUUUUCUUUGGAGGAGUGGGUUCUCCUGAAUCCUGGUCAGAAAGCCUUGCACGUGCAGAUCAUGGAGGAGAUUCAUGGGAUGGUGGACUCUCUUGCAGAUAACCGGAACACCAAACAUUUGGGACACAAUGGGGGCCUUCCUAGACACCAGCAAACCUACAGGGAAGAUGGAGCUUCUGCCAGAGAAAGGCCUUACAAAUGCAAUGUAUGUGGGCAGUAUUUUAUCCAAAAUAUGGGACUAAUACUUCAUAAUACACUCAAUGCUGGGAAAAGCCAUUGUCAGUUGAAAGUACCAGCAAAAUGUAUUGCUGAUUACAAACCGCCAGAUCUGAGCCAAGAAGAAAUCUCUGAAGGAACUGGGGAUUUCAUAAACCAGGAGUGUGGGACAUGUUUUGCUGACAGUUCAACCUUUGUGGGGCACAAAAAAUUCCACACAGGAGAGAAACCAUACCAAUGCAAGGAGUGUGGGAAAUGUUUUGUUUCCAGUUCACAAUUCGUAAGCCACAAAAAACUCCACACAGGAGAGAAACCAUACCAGUGCAAGGAGUGUGGGAAAUGUUUUGCACACAGUUCAGACUUGGUGAAGCACAAACGACUCCACACAGGAGAAAAGUCAUACAAAUGCCAGGAGUGUGAGAAGUGUUUUGCUGACUGUUCAACUUUGAUGAAGCACAAAAAACUCCACACAGGAGAGAAGCCAUACCAAUGCAAGGAGUGUGGGAAAUAUUUUGCUCACAGUUCACACUUGGUGAGCCACAGAAGACUGCACAUAGGAGAAAAGCCACACAAAUGCCAGGAUUGUGGGAAAUGUUUUGUUUACAGUUCACACUUGGUGAGCCACAAAAGACUCCACACGGGAGAGAAGCCAUACAAAUGCCAGGAGUGUGGGAAAUGUUUUGCUCGCAGUUCACUCUUGGUGGGCCACAAUAGAGUCCACACAGGAGAGAAGCCAUAUCAAUGCCAGGAGUGUGGGAAAUGUUUUGGUUACAGUUCACACUUGGUGAGACACAAAAGACUCCACACAGGAGAGAAGCCAUACAAAUGCCAGGAGUGUGGGAAAUGUUUUACUCAGAGUUCACAAUUGAUGAGGCAUAAAAAACUUCACACAGGAGAGAAACCAUACCAGUGCAAGGAGUGUGGGAAAUGUUUUUCUUCCAGUGCAUACUUGGUGAGGCACAAAAGAAUCCACACAGGAGAGAAGCCAUACAAAUGCCAGGAGUGUGGGAAAUGUUUUGGUCGCAGUUCACUCUUGGGGGGCCGCAAUAGAGUCCACACAGGAGAGAAGCCAUACCAAUGCCAGGAGUGUGGGAAAUGUUUUGGUCGCAGUUCAAACUUGGUGAGCCAUAAUAGAGUCCACACAGGAGCAAAGCCAUACCAAUGCCAGGAGUGUGGGAAAUGUUUCGCUUCCAGUUCAGAUUUGGUGAGGCAUAAAAUAGUCCACACAGGAGAAAAGCCAAGCAAAUGCCAGGAGUGUGGGAAGUGUUUUGCUGACAGUUCAACCUUGGUGGGGCACAAAAAACUCCACACAGGAGAGAAGCCAUACCAAUGCCAGGAGUGUGGGAAAUGUUUUGGUCGCAGUUCAAACUUGGUGAGCCAUAAUAGAGUCCACACAGGAGCAAAGCCAUACCAAUGCCAGGAGUGUGGGAAAUGUUUUGGUUACAGUUCACACUUGGUGAGCCACAAAAGACUCCACACAGGAGAGACGCCAUACAAAUGCCAGGAAUGUGGGAAAUGUUUUGCUCGUAGUUCACUCUUGGUGGGCCACAAUAGAGUCCACACAGGAGAGAAGCCAUACCAAUGCCAGGAGUGUGGGAAAUGUUUUGGUUACAAUUCACACUUGGUGAGACACAAAAGACUCCACACAGGAGAGAAGCCAUACAAAUGCCAGGAGUGUGGGAAAUGUUUCGCUUCCAGUUCAAAUUUGGUGAGGCAUAAAAUAGUCCACACAGGAGAAAAGCCAAGCAAAUGCCAGGAGUGUGGGAAAUGUUUUGCUGACAGUUCAACCUUGGUGGGGCACAAAAAGCUCCACACAGGAGAGAAGCCAUACCAAUGCCAGGAGUGUGGGAAAUGUUUUGGUUACAGUUCACACUUGGUGAGCCACAAAAUACUCCACACAGGAGAGAAGCCAUACAAAUGCCAGGAAUGUGGGAAAUGUUUUGCUCGCAGUUCACUCUUGGUGGGCCACAAUAGAGUCCACACAGGAGAGAAGCCAUACCAAUGCCAGGAGUGUGGGAAAUGUUUUGGUUACAAUUCACACUUGGUGAGACACAAAAGACUCCACACAGGAGAGAAGCCAUACAAAUGCCAGGAGUGUGGGAAAUGUUUCGCUUCCAGUUCAGAUUUGGUGAGGCAUAAAAUAGUCCACACAGGAGAAAAGCCAAGCAAAUGCCAGGAGUGUGGGAAGUGUUUUGCUGACAGUUCAAUCUUGGUGGGGCACAAAAAGCUCCACACAGGAGAGAAGCCAUACGAAUGCCAGGAGUGUGGGAAAUGUUUUGGUUGCAGUUCACACUUGGUGAGCCACAAAAUACUCCACACAGGAGAGAAGCCAUACAAAUGCCAGGAAUGUGGGAAAUGUUUUGCUCGCAGUUCACUCUUGGUGGGCCACAAUAGAGUCCACACAGGAGAGAAGCCAUACCAAUGCCAGGAGUGUGGGAAAUGUUUUGGUUACAGUUCACACUUGGUGAGACACAAAAGACUCCACACAGGAGAGAAGCCAUACAAAUGCCAGGAGUGUGGGAAAUGUUUUACUCAGAGUUCACAAUUGAUGAGGCAUAAAAAACUUCACACAGGAAAGAAAGAGUAAAAGUGCCAAGAGUGUAGAAAAUGUUUUACACAGAAUACACCCCUUAUUGACCACUGGAGAUCCCACACAGGAGGGAAAUCAUAUCUAUGUGAAGAGAGUGGGAAAUGUUUUGCUGACAGUUCACAAUUUUUGAGCCAAAAAUGACUCCACACAGGAGAGAAUCCUUACUAAUGCCCGGAGGAAGUGUUUUACUCAGACUCUAUCUGUUAACAAAAAACAGUGAAUACAAACAGGCUGCAAAACAGCCUUUGUGUGUAAACAUGUGAUUUCAAACAGGACUGUUUGAGAAGUUCUGCUUCAGACUUGGUAAAGUCCCCUUACAAUGCAUAUCGACAAAAUAAUAACAAGAAAGAAUAUAAGGAAAUCAAAACAACAACAUUAAACACUAUCUAAAACAAACAUCAAUACCAAACAACCAAUAGUAAAGGAAGAGAUGUUUCCACUAUUAUUUCCCUUGAUGUGUACAAAUUGUAUCUCUCGGUAGAAUUUACUGGCUGUUAACUUGCUCCUGGCACUCUGCUAAUCCACAGUAGACAGAAAAACAUGAGCCGUUGUAUUAUUUUGGAAUGUACAGUAUUAUAUGAGUAUUUGAA